AACGAGCUUUGUUUAGGUCGGUUCCGUUGCAAGCACGCUUGUCAGCACACCCCGCGCGGCGUAUAUCCACCACUACCAUCAGAAUGGGAGUCGACAUCGACACCAUCAAGCAGGGCGACGGCUCCAAGCCCUCAAAGGGUCAGACAGUGACCGUCCACUACACGGGGACCCUCACCAAUGGCAAGAAGUUUGACAGCAGCAGGGACCGCAACAGCCCCUUCAGCUUCAGGCUGGGAGCUGGCGAGGUGAUCAAGGGCUGGGACGAGGGUGUCGCUCAGCUGUCCAAGGGUGAGAGGGCAAAGCUGACCAUCUCCCCUGACUACGGCUAUGGCGCCCGUGGAGCCGCUGGGGUCAUUCCCCCCAACGCCACCCUCAUCUUCGAUGUGGAGUUGUUGAGCUUCCAGUGAGCAUGAGAGACUACGCAGUUGCUCUGAAAUUGUCUGCUGUGACAACCUGACCCCUCAUCAAGCCUACAAAGGCAUUUUUAAAUGUAUGUAUGCAUUGAUCAUGGCAGGUACAUGACCAUCACGAUUGCAGUGGGGAUGGAAGGAUCAAUUGCUCCUGUAAUUAAUUGCGACUC